UGAGAGCUGAACGUCAGAGAACCAAUCAGCUGCUCCCUCCUCCAGCUCCUCGGAAGACGUAACCAUGGCAACAAACACCACAACCAGGUAUGACCACAUCACCUGCAAACACCUGAUCCGUUCAGGGUCUCCUACCAUCUACCAGCUGACACCAAAGAAAGAGAAAAUAGGAACCAUAAAAAGAAUGACUCUUGGUGAAAAAAAUCCAACUAAAGUACACAAAACUAUCCUGCUUGUGGGAGAAACAGCAACGGGAAAAUCUGCUCUGAUCAACGCUCUGGUCAACUACGCCAUGGGAGUGACGUGGGAGGACAAUGUCUGGUUUGAGAUCGUAGAGGACGAGAAGAAGCAAUCACAGAGUCAAGAGGAGGACGAAGAAAGUGACGUGAAAUGUGAAAGUCAGACAUCAGAUGUGAUCGUGUACGAGAUCUUUGGCUUUGAAGAUAAAACUCUGCCCUACUCUCUGACCAUCAUUGAUACUCCUGGAUACGGAGAUACCAGAGGGCCUGAAUAUGAUGACGCCAUCUCUACUAGAUUAACUGACGUGUUCCGCUCACAGUACGGAGUUCAUGAGAUGAAUGUCGUGGGUCUGGUGCUGAAAGCGAGCGAGAAUCGACUAAGUGACCGUCUGUGGUACGUCUUUGAUUCAGUGGCGUCUCUGUUUGGAAAAGACAUGGAGAACAACAUCGUCUCUCUCAUCACACACUCAGAUGGAGGGAAACCUAAAAAUGUUCUUGACGCUCUCAAUGCUGCAAACAUCAAGUGUGCCAAAGAUGAAAAUAAUCAGCCUGUUCACUUCCUGUUUAAUAACCUACAAAACAAAGAGAGAACAAAGAAAAUUAGAGUCCUUAUGAAUGCAUAUGAAACAACAAUGGAAGGAAUGUCAGAGUUUGGAGAGUUUCUGCUUAGAAAAGCUCCACAACAGCUGAAGACAACUGUGGCCAUUCUGGAUGAACGCAUCAGACUGACAGCAAGCAUCCAAAACCUGCAAGAGCGAGUUGAGCUGAUUGAAUUUAAACAGAAAGAAAUCCAACAGACUCAGGAAGCCCUGAGGAAACAUGAACAAGAGAUGAAGAGCAAUGAGAACUUCACUGUAGAAGUUGACGAGCCCUACAAAGUUAAAGAACCUAUCAGCGGUGGAAUGUGGGCAUGGGUGUUUUAUGAAGGAGCUGUGUCCUGUAAUGUCUGUGAGGAGAACUGUCACUACCCUGGAUGCACAGUGGCCUGGUCUCCCAAAGGCUGUGAGGUGAUGAAAAAAGGUUGCUGCACUGUAUGUACAGGGAAAUGCCCUGUGUCAGAUCAUGUGAAGGAAAAGUGGAGAUAUGUGACUAAGACAAGGAAAGGGACAAAAACUCUUCAAGAUGUGAAAAAGAAGUUUGACCAAAGUAAAGCAGACUGCAAAGAGAAAACAAGCCUUCUGGAAACAGUUCAGAAGAAAAUGGACGAACUUAAAAAGGACAAAGAUCGGUGGUUGGAAGAGUCCUUCCAGCAUGUUGUCAAACUGGAGCAGAUCGCUCUGAAUGUUGAUUCACUGUCCACUCAUAUCCAUCUGGACUUCCUGAUUGACAAGAUGAAGGAGAACAGUGAUAGGUUUGAAGAGGAGGUCCAGAAACUGGAGGAGAUAAAGAGGCGAGUGAAUAAAGGAACCAGAGCAGGGCUGGCGUACAUGCUCGGUAGACUGACUGUAUCUGCUGGCAGAGCAUUUAAAUACAUGUUGGAGUAGGUGAACAAGAUCAUUUUGAGAAGCUCUGAUUCAAACACGAUGAUCUUGUUGAUACAAACUUUAAAUCAUAGCAAAGAUUUAAUCAUGAUAUUAAUGCUCCACAUAAACUUAAAUGUAAUCACAUUGUAAAUUUAACAUUUGUAAUUCCUUCUAGUUUAUUAUUCACCAACAAAACUUUCAUUCUUAUAUAUAUUAGAGAGAGAGAGAAUCUGACUUAAAAUAUUUGAUAGUGUCAUCCAGCCCAUUGAACUGUACGGUAGUGAAGUAUGGGGUCCACUCAGACAUCAGAGCUACACACGCUGGGACAAUCAGCCAACA